CAUGGUGAUUAUCUUCAGUGUCUGAACAUUAGGAGAAUCUGGAUGGAUGUGUCAGAGGGAAGACAGUGAGUUUCCAAUGGUUGUGAAUGCAUCAGACUGGUUGGUGCCCACUGUGGGCCCAGACCUGGACCUCUGCAGUAACUACACUGCAGCCUGGCUGUGGCUGUCCUCCCUGCAGCCACUCUACCUGGGUUUGAUCAGCGUUAUUGGAGUGGUGGGGAAUGGCCUGGUUCUCGGUGUGUUUUGUCUGCAGAAGAAGCCCUGCACUGUGGCCGACAUCUACCUGGGGAACCUGGCAGCUGCUGACCUGGUCAUGAUGUCCUGCCUACCGUUCUGGGCUGUCACUAUCUCCCAAGGGUUCCAGUGGGACUUUGGAGAGGUUCUCUGUAAGCUCAUCAAUGUGGCCAUCUCUAUGAACUACAUCUGCAGUAUUCUGUUCCUCACGCUGGUCAGUGUGGACCGCUACCUGGCUUUGGUAAAGCCCAUGACCCCCAGUCGUCUGAGGAGAGCCUCCUGGGCCAAGCGUAUCUGCUUGGGGAUAUGGAUCCUGGGCUUGCUCUUUAGUCUGCCCGUCCUGAUCUUCCGCACAGUGAUGCACGUAGAGGAUCCUGGUGUUGAUGCCUGCAUUCUGGACUACCCACACCCAGCGUGGAGGUUGCACCACAACAUCACCAGCAAUGUACUUGGAUUUAUAGUACCUGUGAUGGCAGUGACUUACUGCACUCAUCACAUCAUGGCCACUCUGAAUAACCCCGGAGCUAAAGGGUUACCUGGGUCAAGGGCAGAGAGAAAGGCCACAUACUUGGUCCUGGCUGUUCUGGGAGUCUUCCUCUUCUGUUGGACACCACACCAAGUAAUGCGGUUUCUUGACACUGUGGAUUACUUCCAGUUGGUGCCUGGAUGCCUCUGGGGUCACGCCCUAGACAUCAGCAUUCAGUUGUCCACAUAUCUGGCGUACAGCAACAGUGCAGUGAACCCCUUCCUUUUCGUCAUUGUGGGGAAGCAUUUCAGGAGGAAGGCAAAGGAUGUGUUCGGACAAAUGCUGAACCCUUGGGCCAAAGACUUGAGUAUGAGCACCAUCUCAAUGAUCACGUUCAAUGAAACGCAGCGGAAGUAUUGAAAGACUGGAAAAAAUCCUAACUGUAACAAAAUUGUAAUAAUGACCAUUGGCUGUAGUAUUCACAAUGAAGUUGUGCAAGCACAGCUGCCAAGAGCUGUUACAUGUCCCGUUUACAGACACAUUGGAAUACUGAGGGGCUGGGGAUAGAAUCCCGGACCUUCCCGGUGGGAGACAGCCUCCUCAGCCUACUGAUCCACAGCCGCCCCAGUGUCCUCAUUUAUAACAACAUUUUGAAACAAGGCAAUCAGAGAUGGCAGACUUCUCCCCAUUCACACAACAAGCCUCUGUUGCCCUGCGUUACAGACUCGGUGGUGCAAUGGUGGAGCGUCUGACUCCAGAUCAGAAGAUUACGUGUUCAAAUCCAUGUCAUGGUCAAAAUUCUUGGGCCUCUGUUGCUCAUAUUGCAAGCAAAUGCGGGAACACAGACACAGAGCCACCAAAAACCAUACUUCACUCCCACUCUGAGGUGAAGUAAUAAAAUUGUACUGAUGAAAGUUCUGCCAUUAAUUCAAGGUCGACUGUGUCACAUUUAAGAUGGUUUAUUGGCAGAAAUGUAUCUUGUAUAAGUGUUACAUAUAUACAA